GCGAGCGAUGAGAAUGAGAGAAAUUUUGAUAGAAACCAGACCAAAGAAGCUGUUUACAUGCAAAAUACUUCUCCUUCUUUGUCUUUCUGUUACUGAGGGUAGGGGACAUCCGCAGAGGGAGUCGUGACAGCGGACACAGCUCUUCUUGUCCCCCCGGAUCCGGAGUCAGGCUCCAGCAGACUCCUCCAGCCCUCCUCCAUUUCUCCAGGCCCACACAGCUCUACCUCUCCCCGGGCAUCAUGGCUCCGACCCUGGCUACGGCCUUCUCGCGCCGCUGGUGGAUGGCCAUCACGGCGGUCAUCGAGAACCUGCUCUUCUCUGCUGUGCUUCUGGGAUGGGGCUCUCUGCUCAUCAUGCUGAAGUCCGAGGGCUUCUACUCCUACCUCUGCAAGGGGCCAGGAAACAGUUCGAGUAUGAACAUGUCCAACUCUUCAGACCCCCAGUCUUCGUCGGCAGAGGAAGAGGAGUAUCUGGAAGUGAACGGGUGGCAGAUCUGUAAAGACCAGGAUGAGAUGCUGAACCUGGCCUUCACCAUCGGCUCCUUCCUCCUGUCGGCCAUCACUCUGCCCAUGGGCAUCAUCAUGGACAAGUAUGGCCCCCGCAAACUCCGACUGGCUGGCAGCGCCUGCUUUGCCUUCUCCUGCCUCCUCAUCGCCUAUGGAGCCAGUGAUCCUAACAGUCUGUCCAUCCUCAUCUUCUUCGCUUUGGCCAUGAAUGGGUUUGGAGGGAUGUGCAUGACCUUCACUUCUCUCACACUGCCUAACAUGUUUGGAGACUUGAGGUCCACCUUCAUCGCUCUGAUGAUCGGCUCCUACGCUUCUUCUGCUGUCACCUUCCCUGGCAUCAAGGUCAUUUACGAUCUCGGAGCCACCUUCAUCUCCAUCCUGCUGGUCUGGGCCGGCUGCGCAUGCCUCGUCUUCCUCAACUGCUUCGUCAACUGGCCCCUGGAACCCUUCCCCGGGCCCGAGGACAUGGAUUUCACGGUGAAGAUUAAGUUCAGCUGGCUGGGCUUCGAUCACAAAAUCACAGGGAAGCAGUUCUAUCGUCAGGUGACCACCGUGGGGCGCCGCCUCAGUGUGGGGAACACUCUGCAGCCUCCUGCCGCCAAUGAACUGGCCACUCAGGAGGCCAACAAGCUCUGUCUGUCCACAGUGGACCUGGAAGUCAAGACCAACAAGCCUGAAGAGAGUCAGUCGUUUAUCCGCAGUAUCCUGAGCCCCAUCUUCCUGCUCUCCCUCAUCACCAUGUGUGUGACACAGCUCCGCCUCAUCUUUUACAUGGGAGCCAUGAACACCAUCCUGGAGUACCUCACCGAAGGAGACCUCAGCACAGUGAGCGUGUACACGUCCAUCUUUGGCGUCCUGCAGCUCCUGUGUCUGGUCACGUCUCCCGUCAUCGGUUACGUCAUGGACUGGAGACUCAAAGACUGUGAGGACGAGAACGACAAACUCACCAAAAGGGAGCCUGGAGAGCCCCGUCGCCCGGACAAAAAGAUCCAGAAGAUUAUAAACGCCACGAGAGCCUUCAUCUUCACGAACCUGCUGCUGGUCGGCUUUGGGGUCACAUGCCUCGUGCCCAACCUGCCCCUACAGAUUCUGUCAUUUAUUUUGCACACUAUUGUCAGAGGCUUCAUCCACUCUGCUGUUGGAGGACUUUAUGCUGCUGUGUACCCGUCCUCUCAGUUCGGCAGUCUGACUGGGAUGCAGUCUCUGAUCAGCGCUCUGUUUGCACUCCUCCAGCAGCCUCUGUUCUUGGCCAUGGUCGGACCCCUGAACGGAGACCCCCUCUGGGUGAACGUGGGCUUGCUGGCUGUGAGCAUGCUGGGCUUCUGUCUGCCCAUGUACCUGCUCUGUCACAGCCGCAAACUGCAGCGUCUCAGGGAUGAACGCGAUUCUGACCCCAAAAUCUACGUCAAGAUGAACGGGGAGAAACCAGAGGCCUUCAUCUAGAUACACAGGAAAAAAACGGGAAAAAACAAGGUGUAAUCUGCAUGGAGAACCACACUGAAGACAGGAUUUAUCAACAGGUGAAAUGAGACGGGGCAUUCACGCUCCUUUUCCGAAAAUACACAAACUUGAACUGUCUUCAACCACAUGUGUCAAAGUCCUACCAAUUCCCGACCGGUCCUCACCAAAUCCUAGGUCCAAGCUGGAUUUUAGUUUCACUUUCUCAGAUACUGACGCUACACUGUGACUCCUACAGCCUACAGCCCAAAGGGGGCGCUACAGGGACACCACAGACAGUCCUCAUCCCUCCUGCAACUGCGACAUCAUGGAGACAAUGAAAAAAAAACUCAAAAAAGAGAGACUGUUUUUUGUUUUUCACUCCAGUUUUUUAUGUUUAAUUCUGUUACUGUUUCAGCACUGCCUGUUUAUUUUGAGGUUUGAAACUAUGUCCACACUUUUGUCUAAAAUAAUCAUGCUUGGAAGUUUUAAGAACGCAACUGUAGCAGGUGUAGUGAACUUGUUAGACCAGCAAGGGGUGCUGUGCACUCUGUUGCAACUUUCAUUACAGUUUUUGUUUUGUUUUUUUCUUUUCUGACGCUGUUGAUUUCGCUUGGCAGUAGGGAUAACAUUCUUUCAAAAGCACAAGGAUCUCUAUGUAUCAUUUAUAGUGAAUUGUAACAAAAACUAGUUGAUAAAAUAGAAAAUUCCAUUGUUUUGUUGCUCCAAUUGGAUGGUGGUGGAGCAUUUUCAGUUAACUUUUUAUCCAACUGAAGAGUAGCAGACCCACUUUUGUGACAAUUUUAUAACACAAACGUCUUCUAAAAGUGAAGACAUACUUUUAACUUUUAUCAGUGUCUCAUUUCAAUUGUCUUACCUCAAAAAACAUGACUCAAAGUCCAUACAUCUCAUCUGUUUUUAAUCAUAAAAUUACAUUAGUGUGGACAUAGUUUUGUAGGGGGCCGGAGAUGUCGCCCCCUAGUGUUCCAUAACAGUGUUUACGUACACAAUUUUACCACAACUUUUAAUUCACACUGGCCUACGAAGCGCACACAAUAGUAUAGCAUUUCUUUUCUUCGUUUUUCUGGGCAUUUCAAAUUAGUAUUAAUAUAAAGUAACCUCGAAUUCACAAAUAGAACACUGCAGCUUCUAUCUGCAUGUGUGUGACAAUAAAGUACAAAUGCAUGAUACCAGACGAAAGCUAGACAAACCACGAAUGCUCAACUUGUUAUGAAAUUUUUACGUUGUGUUUUGUACUUUUUCAAAUAUUUCUUUUUGAUAGUCAUGGACAGAGUAGGUUCAGUAGGUUGAUAGUUAAAGGACCCAUGUUAUGCUGUUUUCUGAUCUGUUAUAAUGUCGUUUCCUCAUCAAAAACACAACUCCAAGUGUGUUUUAAGGAAAUAACAGCAUAAUAACAUGACUUCAAGCUCACAAGAGUCCAUUUUGCAUAAUAUAGGACCUUUAAAUUGUGGGACUGCAGUUUAUUCUUUAUCAAUUUGUUGUAGCAAUAACUAUUUCUCUAUGACUAAGGUGCUACCUGAGUGACACGAUUUCCAAAGAUUUAUUUUACUCUCAAUAGCAUCUUCACAGUAUUCAUUUCGGUUGUUAUUUUAAGGCAACACAAUCACUUGGGAAACUUGAAAAAUCUGCUUACACGUUGUAGUAUUUGACUGAAAAUACACACAAAUUAUAACGAUUUUAGGGCUGUUUGAAGUAAACAAUAACAGUUGUCUAAGUUAAAAUGCUGGAAAAUGUGUAAUUGAAUGUAAUUUUAAAGGCGCACCAUGUAACUUUUCUGGUGGAGAGUCCGUUACCUGCUUGUCUCCAUGGAGAUGUUAUUGCUUUACGGCACUAACAUAGCAGUUGCACGUUUUUCUAGCUCAAAAAUACCUUCAAAACAUGGAUUUGUACUGUAAAUGGGCUCGCCAAUCCACAAAUCUGACUUGGUGACGCCACCGUUUGGUCUCCAUGGAUAUAGAAAAGCUGAAAAGUUACAAAGUACACCUUUAAUUAGCUGAGUCUACACCAAGUUUGGAUUUUAAAGUCUAUUUUAAGAAGCCCAAAAGAUCUUAAGAUUAGAAAAUAUGGUGCUCCAAGUUUCCCCUUUCAUCCCACUUUACAUGAUUACGACAAAUACUACUACUACUACUACUACUACUACCAUUUUAUCCAAUUUGCUUUCAGUUUGAGUUCCCAUACUGAGAGACAGGCCUCUACCAAGUAAGCAAGUCAGCGAGAAAAGAAUGGCACAAACUGCACUUUAGCCCACUAUUAAAAGGACCUCCGUCAUGUAUGUUUAUAUAGAGAGCAUGACUGCUUCUUCAAGUGGUGCAUGAGCCUAAGAAUGUAUAUGUAAAACUAUAUUAGAGCUUCACUUUGUAUUCCAGAACAUGGGGAUUGGCAAAAAGCAGUUAUUUUUAUAUUCUCAGAAGAUUCACAUGUUCACUGUAUGGCCUUUGUAGAUAAAACAGGAGAGGCUUGUCUCUCGGUGAAGGAAAGCAAUAGCAGAUAAAGGCAACGGUUAAUUAAAACACACUGGGGUUAUGGAUGCAGUCAUUCAGUUUCAAUAUUCAUACUGAAAUUUUGUAGCAAAUGUAGUAAAAGUUAUUAUUUUAAAAGUAAAAAGUAAAUUGUCAUAUUGAAUGUGAAGUAAUGUAAGAAGUACUGCAUUUACAUUUUUACAUUUAGUAGCUUUAUUCGGUCAUUUUACAGCACUAUAAAACAAAACAAAACAAAACAUAGACUAAAACCACAUGGAUCAUGACCGAAAGGGUUUAGGCUGAAGUCAGAAGUACUUGUAAUGUCUAACACUUUUAAACAAAGACAGAAUUCCAAAAAAGAAAAGCAGCAGAAACAGCAAGUUUGUGUUUACAAUUUCACUUAGUUAGUUAUUUUAUUUCCAACCUGCACAUACAGUUCACAACAUAACAAUACAAAUGCAGAUACAAACAUGCAGGUUUGAAAGGGGAUGGAUGAAGCAAGGAUUUUACAUUUCCAAUCCAAUCCCACAUUUGACUGACCAACACUUCAACUUAAUAUAUCAUACAUGAAAAGACAAGACAAAACAAACAUUCACACCUCAGACCUGAGCUCAGCUCUGUGCUCAGGGCAUCACUGUCUCUCAUCCAGGUAUUUUUUAUUUUGUUUCUCUUUUAAAUAGUUUUUUUUUUUUUAAACUGUACCAGGCUCUACACACUUUUAGUUCUUCUGAUCAUCCGUUCCAAAGAUGAACUCCACAUACUGAGGUACACAUUGACUUUAAGCUGUUCUAAAUUUCAGCAGAUAAAAUUUAUUAUUACCUCUUAGUCUGUAGUUAUGACGAGCAUUUCAAUCUGAAAAUAAAUAGUUUAAAAUAGCUGGAAGAGAGUUGACAGAUGCCCUGCACAUAAUUUGAGCUGUUUUAAAGUUUACCAGAUCAUGAAGUUUUAAGUCAGAUUAUUAAAAAAAAAAAAAAAAACACUUCCGAUUUACUGUAUAUACAAGAGACAAAAUAUAAAUUAAAACCAACACAAUUUAAUGCAUAAUUCAUUCAUUCAUUCCACUAGUACUAGUAAUACUAAUACUACUAAUCUCUAAAAACAUUGUAGUCAUUAUGGUUAAGUAAUGAUAUCAGGAAUUCUCAAUUGGAAAACUGGGAUAAUGAGUUUCAUAUUUUGUUGUUGCAAUUGCCAAUGAAGUUAAAGAUAGUGUAAGAUAAGAGGACCUUUAUUUGUCAUGCAAUGGGGAAAUUUCAGAGUUGCAACCACAAGUACAAGUAUGCAAUAUCAAGAGUGCAUCCUACCUAAUCUGAUACGUACUAUAUUAGAAACUUAAUUACUGCAUCCAAACCGUCAAACUUUACGGGUUUUAGCUUCUUUUACUGCUGACAUUUUGAGGACUUUCCAUCAUUCAAAGAUCUAUAGGCUAAUAUUUUGUUUAAAUCUGCCAACGGUCCUCAUUUUCCAUCAUUCUGAAACUCAUGGCUGGACAAUAUCUCCCUUCCACAAACAGAACCUUACAUUAUCAGACCGUUGUUUCGUGUCGCUCCAGCCGCUCUGAAUGAACGAUUUCCUAUUAAGAAUUAAACCAGCACUUUCUCUCACUGUUGUACCUUAAUCCGCUCGCAUAUCCCGAUCAGCAGCUUUGGUAACUAUUCAAGCAGACUUUUCUUGAGUGAUUGGUUGAUAGAAAGGUUUUUAAAAGGUAAAUAAAACUGUUGCAUUGUGGGUGUUUCUGAUUUGAGGCAUGGACUUCUUUUUGUGUUACACUUCAUCACUGUCGCUAUUUUAAACUGUUAUUUUAAGUAUGUGUUCAUGUUCUUAUUGUGUUUUUGUAUUGUCUUGUAUCACCAUAUUGCCAUUGUUAAGUUGAUUUGUUGAAAAAAAGAUCAAUAUUUGAAAAUAAAGUUGAUUAUUUGUACAA